UCAGAGCAAAAUCUUGUAUUCAUAGAAAACUACAGUAAAUCCAAUUAUUAAACCAAGUUAUUGGCAAGAUGUUGAUUUGUUACAUCAUCUAUUUGGAAGCUCUUCCCUUUGUCACCAUGGAAACUCAGGUAAUAAAUACCCUUAAUGCACUUAUCUGUAUGGUUUGCUACAUUUCUGUUGUCUACACUGAUUAAUAUUGGUAUGAAAAUUUUGUUUUAAGUUUGACAUCUUAAUUUUUCAGUUUAAAGUGUCAUGUGACAUUUCAGAAAAAAAAAGUUAUAUCUGAGAAAUUAAUAUUGAUUUGAAAUGGCUCUUUACAACCUUCUAUCAUCAAGUUUUCUCACACUUCAAUUAUAUAUUGGUAAUAUUAAUUAUUAAUAAUACAGACAAAAAUGAUAACUUCUUAGUCUUAUAGAAUACCUGGCUAAUGAAUACUUGUAUAUUCAGCACUUUUGCAUUAUUGUCAUGGCAUAUUGUAAGAGAGCCACUUUCAAACAUAAAUGCUUCAAAAUUUUGAAAACUAGCAGUGUACACCAACAACAGUACUGUUUCAACCAACAGAUUUUGUUGUAAUACAACUAAUAUUUCGAAAAAAAAGAGAAGAGAUUUGAAUAUCCCAUGUAUAUGGAAACAGCUUGGCCAAUUAAGAGCUGAUCACAAACAUGAAAAAUAAACCUGCUGUUCCAAAGAAGACAUGCAUACAGAGGUAGACAAAAGAUCUGGAAUAGUUUGGCCAAAGAUGUACUAUAAAUUGUCCUUUAUAGUUGAGCAUGCUAAACUUUCUAGCAUUUGAAAUACUAUUAACCAUGUCUGUUUUUUUGUCAUCAGAAACAAAUCUAUCCUGCCUCCAAUUUUGCCGAACAUCUUGGAGGCUGUCGGCAAUACACCAAUGGUACAGCUCAACAAGAUUCCAGCAUCAGAAGGCGUUUCUUGCCAAAUUCUUGGAAAAUGUGAGUAUCUGAGCUUUGGAGGGAGUGUAAAGGAUAGAAUGGGAAUUCGGAUGAUAGAAGAAGCAGAAAGAGAGGGAAAGCUGAAACCAGGCUAUACUGUCAUUGAACCAACAUCAGGAAAUACAGGUAUCGCUGUUGCAUUGGUGUGUGCUGUAAAGGGCUACCGAUGUGUUAUUGUGAUGCCAAAGCGCAUGAGUCAAGAGAAAGCCGACAUGAUCACCGGCCUCGGUGCCGAGAUUGUAAAAACCACUGGCACUGGAUUUGAGGAUGAGGACUCGCACUUCUCUGUUGCUAGGAAACUAAACAAUGAAAUUCCAAACUCCAUCGUUCUUGAUCAGUACACCAGUUCAGCUAACACAUUGGAGCAUUAUGACUCCACUGCUGAGGAAAUUUGGGCCCAAUGCAAUGGUAAGCUGUCAAUGGUUGUUGCUGGCUCAGGAACUGGUGGAACAUUGACAGGUAUUGGAAGAAAGCUGAAGGAAAAAGAUCCCAAUAUCAAGAUAAUUGGUGUUGAUCCUGAGGGGUCUCUUGUGGCAUUGCCCGAUUCCUUGAAUGUUCUACGAGGGAAGAAGCACGAGGUGGAAGGAAUGGGUCAUGACUUCACUCCUACUGCUCUCGACCAGAACGUGAUUGAUGCUUGGUAUAAAUGUGACGACAAGGAAUCAUUCCAGAUGGCAAGACGGAUAAUCAGAGAAGAGGGCUUGCUUGUAGGUGGUAGCAGUGGAUCCAUCCUUGCUGGUGCCUUACACUUCGCAAAGGAUUUAAAACCUGAUGAGAGGUGUGUCGUUAUAUUGCCAGAUUCUAUCAGAAACUACAUGAGCAAGUUCUUGUCUGAUGGAUGGAUGGAGGAAAGAGGGUAUUUGUAAACAAUCAAAAAUCAAUUAUCUUUCUUUCCCCUUUCAGUAUUAAUAAUGCUAAACAUGUCAAUAUCUAGUUUAAUGACUAUGUUACAUAAACUUGUUUUUAUAUUUCUAAUAUUAGGCAUAAUGUGGCAUGAUUAAAAUUGAUAAUGUUUCAAUAUUCGUCCUUCAUAUCUUGUCUUCUUAGUUGAUAGAUAUAAAAAUAUGUUUUUUAUAAGUACUUGGAAUUUGUGUGUAUGAAAACCACUAGAUCCAGAUACUAUUAUCGUGUGUGUGUGUAUAAAUGCUUACCACUGAUGACAAACUAGUUUUGUUGCUCUCUCUGGCUGUUUACUUUUUAGCUUUUGGUUAUCAAUUUUUGUAUCACAAAUGAUGCAGCUAUUAUUUCCUACAGCAAACCAACACCAUCAGUAUAAUUUUGUUCUAUGUAAGUUAAGGUGUUAAAAGUUUUGUUAUGGUGUAUUUAAUUUAAUUGUUUGAUUUUUUCUGUUAAGUGUGAUUGCACCGUGUGCUGCCACUAAUGCAAAGGUAAAAUGUCAUUUUUAUAAACAAUGCAGGGGAAAAUUCUGCACUACAAUCAAGUUUUAUGUUAAAAAUAUUUGUGAUGUGCCUAAUGGGUGGUUAUGAUGAAGAUCAGAAAGAUCCAAAAUUGGCCUAAAACUAUUUGCCUUUCAUUUAAAAAGGUGUUUUUUUUAAAUAUAUCAUAAGGUCACUUAGACAUCCUAAUUAUAUAUAUAUGUACAAAUACAGCAGGUUUGAAGUCUAGUUUUCCAAAGGCAGUUUUGAUAUUAGCCUAUGUUAUGCUUCUUACUGUAUGUAAACACCAAAGGCAGCUUUGAAUAUUAUGUUCAUCUUACUGUGUGUAAACACUGCCCUCUGGGUUUAGAUGACAUACUUUCAGUAAACAAACCAAAACAAGUUGACUAAUAAUAGGUCUAACUGUAUUCUUUAAUAUUUUUUUCUUUAUUUUUUUUUAACAUCUAGAAAUUCAAAAUAGAGGGGACCCAGGGAGGAAAGUUUACAGAUUGGAGACCUUAACCACAUUAUAUGUGGGGCUGAGGUACACAAUUGUAUGUCUAUGUAACAUUUAGAUGGCAAGUGGCACUUGCAAACUUCAAAAAAAAUGUUCAAAAAUUUUCUUGGUCUUUGUUGUUGUGUUGAAAAUACUGGUAGCAGCCUCAGUCGUACCCUGUAACAUGAGUGCGGUACUCAUCUGUAUCAGUCAACAUGCUGAAAAGACAAUCAUUUGGCUGUUUAAAUUAUUAUUCAAGAUGCAUUUGUCAUAAAUAAUAUACAAUGAUUAUAUCAAUUAUUUCAAUCUUAUAUAACGAUUACACCUUAUUCUGGAAUAUGUUGUUAGUGGCCUUAUUAUUUAAGUAUAUGUGAACUUGUAAAUAUUCGUAGUUGCAUGUUGCGCUUACAUAAAUAACAGGGUGCCUAAAAUUGUUUUUGUUGGGUUAAAUUUUUUAUUUUGGUAAGUAUUUCAUCCUAAACUGUACAAAUAUAUGAGCUUUCAAUGGCAAUUAUAGCAAGGUUGAUCAUAUUAAUAUCAUGGUGUCAUAAUCUAAGACAAAAAUUAAAAACAUUGGACUGCCAUUCUGCCAAGACACACCCAUACGUGAACUUGUAUUAGGCAGUCUCCUGUCCGUUCUGAUUUUUUGCAAGGUUAAUCAAUGGAGAUGGAACUUCAUAGAAUUAAAAACUUAUUUUUGUAAUUGUCAUACAAUAUUCAAUAAAAAUGAUCAAAGUACUGUCCUA